CUCGGCUUUGUUUUACUGCGUCCGUCUACCUCGAGGCGCCGCACUUGUAACCCUCACGUCUCGGGAAUGAGUAAUUUGCGACCUCAGAAGAGGUUGGCAGCGGCCGUUCUAGGAUGUGGAAAGAAAAAAAUAUGGCUGGAUCCAAACGAAAACUCGACGAUCGCCAACGCUAAUUCCCGGAAAAUGAUCAGAAAGCUCUUCAAGGAUAACCUGAUUAUCCGGAAGCCUGUAACCGUGCAUUCGCGUGCUCGUUGCCGAGCCAACCUGCUUGCUCGCAGGAAGGGGAGGCAUUCCGGUCCCGGUAAGAGAAAGGGUACUGCAAAUGCCCGUAUGCCUCAGAAAGUUCUGUGGAUGAGACGCAUGCGUGUGCUCCGACGACUUCUAAAACGGUAUCGCGAGGCUCACAAAAUCGAUAAGCACUUGUACCAUCUACUCUAUCAACAGUGCAAAGGUAAUCAGUUCAGGAACAAGCGUGUCCUCAUCGAACACAUCCACAAGAAGAAAGCUGAAAGGCUUCGGGCCAAACAGCUUAGUGAUCAGGCUGAAGCCAUGAGGCAGAGGAAGCGGGAUGCACGUUUACGUCGGGAUAAGAGGAAGGAGGAUCGCAGGAAAUUCAUGAUUGAACAAGCCACUACGGCUACUGCGGCUGCUAUAGCGGCGAAAGCGGCCCCACCAGCUCCAGUCCCGAAGCCUGCUCCAGUCGCGGAAGUAAAACCGAAAGUCGAGGCCAAAGUUAGUGAACCAGUGAAGCCAGUCCAACCGGUAGAGCCUAAAGCUGAGCCGAAGGCCCCCGUACCGAAAGCACCGAAAGAACCCGCCAGUUCAAAAGUAGCACCGCCUCCGAAGAUACCGGCCUCUUCUAAGACACCAGCACCACCCCCUAAAGUACCUCCUCCCAGCGCUGCGAAGCCAGGUGCUGCCAAGAAAACUGCUAAGCGCUAA